AUGGCGACCUACACGAAAGGACGGAACUUCAGUUUGCCCAACGUGAAGAAAGACCACGUAGGCAGAAGAGCCCCCGGUAGUGUAUGCUCCACUUGCGGAGAUGACGAGAACUCUCGCAUACAGGAAAGUGGAAGACAGUCAGUCACCUCUCAGGCAGCUGUGUCUCAGGAAACGGUGUCUCAGGAAACGGUGUCUCAGGAAACUGUGUCUCAGGAAACUGCGUCUCAACAGGGUGGAUCACAGGAAAUGGUGCCUCCGGGGCAUAUGACUAUGGAAACUGGAUCUCUGGAGGCUGGGUCUCUAGAGGCUGGAUCUCUAGAGGCUGAAUCUCUAGAAGCUGGAUCUCCAGAGGCUGAAUCUGAGGCGGCCAGCGCCAGCCCCCCUCCUCCUGUGAUAGGUUUCGAUUGGCGUAACGUUCAUCCCUACCCCCCUUGUAUGGCUCAGACCCUCGAGAUUAAUCCCAAAUUUGAUCUUCUAAUCCCAGAAAUAAUAGACUGUCAGACGGAGGCAUCGGGUUGUGACGGCGGAACCCCUCAGAAAGCGUUGGAUUACUUAAUGCACACAGGGGUAACACUAGCCGAGAACUACCCUUACGUAGGUCGAUGGUCCACAGGCUGCCAGCCGGACCACCCUAAGGCCAUUAAAGUUGCUGUAUGGGGACAGCUUCGUAAUGACAGGGCUAUCACUCAGGUCCUCAAUGGUAGAAGCCCGAUUCCCUCUGGUUAUUUCAUGCAUCCUGAUAUCCAGCUUUUCACAGGGGGAGUUUUUGAUCCGCCAGACUGUAGGAUGAUCGACCCUAACAAAUUCAACCAUGCUUCCACCAUUGUCGCUCACGAUGCAGGUGUUCCACUGAUUUCAUCUAAAAAAGAUUAG